AACGCUACACCCGGAAGUGUCAGGUGAGAGGGAGCCGCGCCGCCGAGGCCGCGCCGCCGAGGCCUCACCGCUAUGGGCCGCAACAAGAAGAAGAAGCGAGAUGGCGACGGCCGGCGGCCGCGGCUCAUUUUGAGCUUCGACGAGGAGAAGCGGCGGGAGUACCUGACAGGCUUCCACAAGCGGAAGGUGGAGCGGAAGAAGGCAGCCAUUGAGGAGAUCAAGAAGCGGCUCAAGGAGGAGCAGAAGAAGCUCCGGGAGGAGCGCCACCAGGAAUACUUGAAGAUGCUGGCAGAGAGAGAGGAGGCGCUGGAGGAGGCAGACGAACUGGACCGGCUGGUGACAGCAAAGACCGAGCCGGUGCAGUACGACCACCUCAACCACACGGUCACCGUGACCACCAUCAGCAACCUGGAUCUCUCAGCGGCCCGGCUGCUCGGACUGCCCCCGCCUGAGCAAGGGGCUGGGCACAGGUCUGAGGAGGAGGCGGCGUCUGCGGAGAAGCCGACCAGAGCCUUACCCAGGAAGUCCAGAGACCCUCUGCUGUCCCAGCGGAUCUCCUCUCUCACGGCCUCGCUGCAUGCGCACAGGCGCAAGAAGGUCAAGAGGAAACAUCCCAGCCGGGCCCAGAACUCCACCAAGAAGCCCCCAAGCGCCACUCGUACCAGUAAGACCCAGCGCCGCCGGCUGACAGGCCAAGCCCGGCACAGCGGGGAUUGAGCCUUGAGACCCAGGCCGUGCCCCAGCCUUGGCUGCAAGGACCUGUCCUGUCCCAGCUUGGCUGUCCCAUAAGCCAGCCUGCACCCAGGUGCUGACUCCCCAGCCCAAACUUGGGAGGCCAGCAUCUCUCCGGCCUGGGGCUUGGACUCCAGCCGACGUAGGUGGCUGAGAGCUGGCCUCCACCAGGGGGAGCCUCCAGGGUCACGUUUGGGGCAUCUUCCCAAAUGUAUACCCCACCAAACCUUGAUUACAUUUGUGAAAGUAAG